ACAAUAUCAUGGCCGGCUUUUGUUGUGGCACGAUCAGCUGUUAGUCUGUGUUGAUACUGAGGUCGGGCAGACGACGAAAUUUUAGAAUUGGCGCUUACCAUCUAUUUUGCGACGCAAAAUGGGCUACAGCGAUGCUCCAGAUGGGGAGGAAUGCUUUGAGAAAAUAUGGACUGUUUCUAAAGCUGGUGGAUUUAUUGGCGUGAUGUUAUCAACAUAUGAUGUGCUGAUGUACACCAAGCCCCAGGGAUAUGUACCAACAAUUGCAACAUACUUGAAGAGUACUGUGCCAAUGGUAGCAGCUGGGGCAACAUUUGCAGCUGUGACAUGUGCUGCAUGCAAUAUUCGUAAAAAAGAUGACAAAAUUAAUUACCUCCUUGGAGGGGCGUCAGCUGGUAGCAUAUUUGGAGUAGCCACUCGAUCUGUCAAAGUUGGAGUGCCUGUUGCAUUUUUCCUGAGUUUGGCUGCAGCAGUGUACAAGGACUCCCUACAAAAUGGAUGGGAACCUUUUCCAUAUAGGGAACAUAAACGAGGUUUUAACCACACAUAUUUUGAUUUUACUCUCGGUAGUCAGAAAUGAUUGUCAGAAUGAUCAUGCAACAUAUGUUAAAGAAAUCUUACUUGUAUUUAUCCUAGGUCAUUGUUGUUUAAAUAUGCAAGUUUGAAUAUAAUGAUCAGCCAGCCCAAGUAAGUUUUUGAUUCGGCUGUUUUUCUUGUAAGGGAUAUGAGCUGUUAGUUUAUUAAUUUAAAAUAUUUUGUAAAAAAACAGAACUGUAAAUAAAUAAUGUGUCCAAUCAUG